GGAGACGCUGGGAAGACCCGGCAGAGACGCACUUGUGACGCACUUCCGAUGCUCUAAGUGGAGAAGAUGGCUGCGCCCCAGCAGCAGGCUUCAGCGGCAGCUUCAGGUGCCGGUGUAUCCGGUCCCACAACUGGUGGGGCCUGCCCAGAGCGGUCUCCUGCAGCAACAGCAACAGGACUUUGAUCCAGUGCAGCGCUAUAAGAUGCUCAUCCCGCAGCUGAAGGAGAGUCUACAGACUUUAAUGAAGGUUGCAGCCCAGAACUUGAUUCAGAACACUAACAUCGACAACGGACAAAAGAGCAGCGAUGGACCCAUACAGCGCUUUGACAAGUGCCUGGAGGAGUUCUAUGCUCUCUGCGACCAACUGGAACUCUGCCUGCGCCUGGCUCAUGAAUGUCUGUCACAGAGUUGUGACAGUGCCAAGCACUCUCCGACGCUGGUGCCCACAGCCACGAAACCAGAUGCAGUACAACCUGACAGCCUGCCCUAUCCGCAGUACCUGGCAGUCAUCAAAGCCCAGAUUGCCUGUGCCAAGGACAUUCACACUGCCCUGCUGGACUGUGCUAACAAGGUCACAGGCAAGACGCCUGCACCACCUACUGGCCCCGGGGGCACCCUCUGAGGUGGCAGGCGGGAAGUGGGGCAGACGGUGGGGGUGGGGCAGAGGGAAUGAAACGCAGUCUAAGCCAAAGCAA